AUGUCAACUAAUAAUAAUGAUGCCAUUGACCCAGGUCAUAUAGCCAACAUUGAUAUUAAAGCUGCUUCUUUAGAAGUGAAAGAGGAGAAAGAAGAGGAUACAGAAGAGGUUCUACAAAAUUGUUUGCUGUUUCCUACUUAUGCAACAAAACAUGAUACUGUUGAUGGCACUUCAAUUAUUACUGAUAAAUGGCAUAUUAGAGUUCGUGGUUGGGCAUUUUCAAUUCCCAAAUCAAGCAGAAUGCACAGUAUUUUUUUGGAUAUAACUUCAAGGGUUGUUGGAAUAUCAAAAACAGAUUUGAGUUAUGAAUGUUUAAAAGAUCGCACUGAAUAUUUUUGGAGUAGCAAUAUGAGCCAAGGAGAUUACACAGUUCAAGUUAUUGAUCUAACAGAUUCAAAUAAAAUGACACUUGAAGGUGAUCCAAAUGACUUGCGCCUUGAAAGUCAGGAAAAUGAAGACAGAAAUCCAAUGGAGAAAUUUGCUGAUAAACUUGCUGCUGCAGGUGAAAUAUUAAGUACUAAAAUUACUCCUAAAUCUGGACAUUUUUCGGAUAUUCUUUCUGUCCCAGAGAAAGAUGUUGAAGAGUGGAUGGUUAAAGGUCAUUUGGAGCCAUCUAGUGGUGAUAACUUGACGCGAGAAGCUGGCAGUAAGAAAAUUAAAUUACUUAAGAUGCAAGCAUUUCAAGAUAAAAUUGGUAAUUUAAUUUUAUAUAUAUAUAAAGCUCUUUGCAUGCAAAUGGAUAUUGAUGAUACCAUUAAAGAUACAGAGAUUUUGGAUGGUGUGAAAGUGAUACUUUCCAAUACAUUUAUACGACCAUUUAAAGAUGUUCCUGGAAUGGCUGAACUUUAUCGUAAAUGGUAUGAUAGAGGAGUUGGCAUUCAUUAUGUAUCCAAUUCACCUUGGCAAUUAUUCCCGGCAUUACGUUCCUUUUUCAACACUUAUAAUUUCCCACCUGGAUCUGCUCAUCUUAAAUUCUAUGAUGGGUUGAUAAAAAGUGCAGUAGAACAAAAAGAAAAUCCAAUGGCAAGUAAAUUCAUGUACAUAAGAGAAUUAUUAAAGGAUUUUCCAAAACGCAAAUUUAUUCUUGUUGGUGACACUGAACAUCCUGAUCGAAUUAUUCGAAUAUUUGUUCGUGACGUAACAACCUCACGUGUAAAAGGUCUUCCACCACAAAAACCAAAACAUUCUUAUGCUAAAACUUUUACAGGAAUUUAUAGCAAACUUCGUGAUUAUUACAUGGAAGAAGAUGAUAAAAAACUAGAAAAUAAUGUUAUACCACAAAAUUCUGAUAAUAGUGAUAAUAGUAGUUCAAAACAAGCAGAAGAAGGUUUAUUAAGUCCAGGAAUGACAAGUAACAUUGCUGAGAGACUUCAAGGAGGACUUUCAAAUCUACUCAAAACUUCAACUCCAGAUACAUCUAAAUCUACAAUGCCUAAACCUCCAUCAGAGGUUAAAUUGCCAUCAACAAGUGCAACUUCUCCCACAAAAACUGAAUCACCUUCACCUGAAAUACUUAAAACACCUUUAGAAAUGUUCCAUGAAAGAAUUGAAAAAUUAGGUUUAAAAAAUCCAAGCAAAUUCUAUGUUCCAUGA